AUGCUCCCCACACUCGAUCAGCGCCAGCGUGUACUUGAUCUUUUGACGACGCUGUCACCGCAUUAUACCAAGGAAUGUACACGCCAUGCUCAACCGCUGUAUACUGCUCAGGCGCUUGAGCGCUAUGCACCGCUUGUAGGGCAUAACCCACCUUCGCGCGAUUCGUGGCUUUCGGGAUUGUUUGGGUCCGAGUUGGAUGUGGAUAAGGUGCAUAGGAGGGAUGUUAUGCCCAGCGAACAUAAGUAUUACUUUGCUAUCAACCUCUACAACUCCUUCGACGUCAUUCCCGACCUCUUUGCCACUCUCUUUCGGACGGCUGCGAUUCUGGGGUACCAUAAUGUCUUCGUCUCGAUUUACGAGAAUGGGUCUAGUGAUCAGACGAAGGCUCUACUACGGAUAUUCGAUGCGUUGACGAGGAGUGUUGGGAUGCGGAUUACUAUAAGGACGUCGUCGAGGACGAGGGGGGCUUUCAACCAUCGUAUCGAGUACCUCGCUGAGGUCCGCAAUUCCGCUUUCGUCCCUCUGCAUGAACUACGGGAUUCGGAAGGGGAGUACUUUGAUACGAUUAUAUUCAUGAACGACAUCCUACCCUGCGUCGACGACAUUCUCGAACUCAUCUGGCAAAGCCGCAUCAACAACGCCGGGAUCACAUGCGCAGCGGAUUACAUGUACCACGAAGAGAUUUCGUCCCCCGUUUUCUACGAUAACUGGGUGGCGAGGGAUAUCAACGGCACUGCGCUCGAGAACGCGCCAUUCGAAAAGAUAUUCCACCAUCAGGAUAGUUCGGAUCGGUUUCAGAGGCAUUUACCUAUUCAGGUGCAGAGCUGUUGGAAUGGGAUUGCGGUGCUUGAUCCUGCGCCGUUUUAUUCGCCGCCGCAUGUGAGGUUUAGGAUGGCGAAGAUUACGGAGGGGGAGUGUAGUGCGAGUGAGUGUAGUUUGAUUUGCAAUGAUUAUUGGGAGGCGGGGUAUGGGAGGAUUAUGAUGGUGCCUAGGGUUAAACUCGCUUAUGAUUCGAAAGUGUUUGAUAUCAUCCACCCGGAACGACGGAACUUGACCGCCAUCCGUGGGUACAAGCGCCUCGGAGGGCUCCCUGACGAUCCUCGCACAGACCCCCAAGACAGAUCGUGGUUCGGCCCACACGAUCGUCUGUUCUCACCUGAAGAAGCGGAAGCCCUCCAAUUCAACUCCGGCCCAGAACAAGUAUGGUGUUGGGGCUGGGACGGCGCUGGUGAUCUUGAAGGACCGGACGUUGAUCCGAUUUGGGAGAAGAUGCCGAACAAGUCGACGAGGGCUAGUUCUGUUGUGGUGAAGCAUGAUCGGGGGAUGUUGUUCUAG